UCCGAAAUACAGGCGGAGGUAGUACUAGGUAGCCAGGCCGCACGGAAUAAAACAACAUGAGACAAGAAGGCUGACAUAAGACAAAACAAUGUGAAAAUAUGCCUCAAAAAAACCUUCUCUACGCGUCGAGAUCUCCUCUUAGGAUUACAAAAGACACCCAAACAGAUGGUGGAAUGCUCAAGACAUGAGGAUAACUCGGUUAAAAGCUCCAUUGGUGUUGAAUCAUUGAAUAAUGAGCAGCACAGUUGAAGACUGGCUUCGGUCAUUAGGUCUUAUACAAUAUACUCAAGCCUUCUUGGACAAUGGCUACGAUGAACUGGACAUUUGUAAAGAGAUUGGAGAGGAAGAUUUAGAUGCAAUUGGAGUGAAAAACGAUAAGGAUCGUGUAGAUAUUCUAGGCGCUGUUCGUCGGUUAAAACAGAGCGGUACUGCGGUGUACUUUGUGCUGGAAGAAAACUCUCAAACAAUAGUUCCAACACAAAAAAGAGAGAACCUUAUACCCUUAAAACUAAAACUGUUGCUCCGGGAUAAUUUAACUGAAGAUAAUAUAGAUCUAACGAAGGAGCCAUAUACUCUGUCGAAUGGUGCUUGUGGGAAUCUAGAUAGUCUAGUUACAUUAUAUGCAGAUAAGUUUUAUACAUAUGAACAAGAUGUGCUGGAGGCAUUGGAGAAYAUACGAGCGCGUCAGGUUGGAGAUUUGAAAUCACAAAUAGAGGGUAAUCAGGAGGAAGGUGAUGAAUCGUAUGAUAWGGUUGAAUCGAAACCAUCAAAAAACCAUAAACACAAGAGAAGCAACACAAGUCCUCUACAUGCUCAUACCAAGGAGAAUCAUAAGUGGCAUAUCUCAUCUUCUAGUUUAAAUGCUAAGGGAGRAAUACCUGCCGAUUAUCUUGAUGUUGACAGUCCGUCAUCUCCUCACAAGAACGGCAAGAGAAGACGACCAGUGGAAAGAAAUUCUAAGCUAUCAAGAAGUUUGGAUUCACUUAAGGAACUUCAUGUUAACUCAGCGGAGCUAAAGACAAAAGACAAAGAUCAGCAGACGACAAAACCCAAACAUACUUCAUCAAUAUUUGGAUUAUUUCGAAGCAGCAAAAGAAAAAGUCCAGGUCAUGAAGACAAAUCUCAUGACACUAAAAGCCUUAAUAAUGAUAUGUAUGUGACCAAGCCGAUAGCGGGAAGUGACCUACCUGCUAGUAAUAUCACGAUGGGUGAAGAAGAUCGAGUGACGCUGAUGUUAAUGGUAAAGCAGGGGGAACUCACUGUUGAAGAAGCCGUCGAGCAACUGGAAAGGUAUGAAAAGGAGAAUAAAGAAAACCAAGCUGCAAAGAAAGAAAUGAGAAGAAGUGGUUCAUGCAGUGAAGAGGAUUCUUCCAACGCAAAACCACACAAAUUAAAACGAAAUAUCUUUGGAAGAAGCACAAAGAAGAAAUCCUCCAGCAGACCAGCGUCUGAGAUAUCUGCCUUCGACAUGACAAUGAGUGAAGAAGACAGAAUAAACUUGAUGAAAGCUGUGCGAGAUCAUGAAAUAACCAUAGAGGAAGCUAUUCAGAAAUUAGCGAGUUUUGAAGAAGAAUCUCCUAGCCAUAAGAGUAAAGACAACAAGCACAAGUUUUCUCCCAAGUCACCUCAUUCUUUCUCAAGACUAAGUAUCAAGAGAGUGUCUGGUGCAUUUGCAUCUGCCGUGAAAAGUGGACACCAUAAGGAGGAAAAAACUGCUGUGUUCUAUACUCCUACAGAAGGUGCAGUGAAUACCAGUUCCGAAGGCUGUUCAGAGGAUGAUAACAACUGGCGGUCAGACUCAUCACCAGACCRCUCUCCUGCAGGACAUCGUAAGGUCAUGCACAAUCUGAUAAGAAAUGCUAAACAGAUUCACUCCACAUCGUCGUUACACAGUUCAUCAAGCAGUUCUGAUGCUGUUGAUAGACUUGGGACGAUAGAAGACCUGGAGAGCCAGGACAGCACGCCGAGAAGAGGUAGUCAACAAUCUCCUAAGAAAAGAAUAGUGGAUGAAAUGAAAAAUAUCUUGUCUCAAAGAGAACAAGAGGAAACAACAAAAGAAAAAGGUGUUCUCCCAUCUCCGGGCACCUCUCCUAUCCAUGYCAGUACUCUCCCAAGAAACAUCAAACCCACACAAACUUCUUUAACAAGGAAAAGCUCAUUGCCGAUAACUCCUGCAAAACCUGUUCCACCCAUUCAUGCCUUGAGAAAAGCACCUCCCCCUCCUCCAAGACCUCUCCCAAGACAAUCAACUGUGCCUUUGAUUGGGUUGCAAGGAAGUUCUCCUGAUAUUGAUACAAAGAGUGAACUAGACAAGACAACAACACCAAAACCACCAAAAUGUCCACCACGUAGAAAGUCCUUGGGAGAAAAUUCUAAAACAGAAAAAGCUGAUGCUAAAUUAACGAGUGAACAGAGGUGUUUAUCUCCUCYGUUACCCCCAGCGCCUUGUCCAUCAAGCAAACAAGAAGACUYAGGAACAUCAGCUGGGUCAGAAACUAAAUCGAACCGAAUGUCUUUAGAAGAUGAUGUGUUUCCACCUCCGCCUCCGGAACACUUGUUGACGUCACUAAAACCUGUCAGCAGGACUGGAGGAGAUAGUAAACACAUUAUCAAGCCUCCUCGGCCAUCACUAUUAAAAGGUGACACCUCACGUUCGAACAAUGAGACGAGUGAACUAACAGUUUUAUUAAAACAAAGAAAUAUUAUUAAAGAGAAGGCUCAUUCAGAAGCAAGAAAACCAGAAGAAAYGGUAUCAAAGGAACAAGAUGCAUCGCCAGCACGAACAGGGUCGUCAGCACAAACAGGAUCGCCAGCACAAAGAGGGUCACCGGGACACAAUGGGUACCCCGGGCACACUGGGUCCCCCGGGCACACUGGGUCCCCCGGGCACACUGGGUCCCUAGGGCAAGCAGGGCACCCAGGUCCACCCGUGACAAAACCAAAACCUGCCGUGAAGCGUAAGCCUCAGCUGCCACCCAAACCCCCUAAGCUAACACCAGGUGGUGCUUUAAAGAAAGCUGAAGAAGAUGGUGAGGAGAAACAGGAAUCGACCACACGGGGCGUUGAUCAUCACUCAAAUCUAAAUGUUGUGCAAGUACCACRGAAACGUCCAUCUCACUCACUGUCUGAUUUGAUUGAAAGACGAUUGCGUAUUGAACAGAUUGAUUUAACUGAACUGCCRUAUUCUUCUCAAGAUGGAAAAUGGGAUGUUCCUGUCAAUCUCAUUGACAGAUACACAGAAGAAAUGAGAAGGUCACAAAAAGAAGUGGUUGAAAUUAUGGAUAGAAUACGAUGCUUAAAGCUUAAGGAACAACAUCGGCCAGCAAUCCCAUGCGACUCCUCAUUAUAUCCGCAAGAACCAGACCACCUUGGCAAAUUAGGUUCGGUUAAAGAAUGGUUGGUUUCCUUAGGUCUUCCAAUGUACUUAGACAACCUAAGGGAAGUAGAAUAUGACGACAUGGCAAACAUGCCUUUCUUGAAACAAAAACACUUUGAAUUUGCUGGAGUUGUGGAUCUUCGACACAUGCGCCGCCUGCUCGCAUCAGUAGAAAGAAUGCCUAAAUAAGGGCAAUUAUAGACCCUAUUACUCUGCAGAGUAAUGCUUUUCCAUUUCAUUCGUCUUGGGAAUCAAAAUUCUCUAUCCAAAUAGAAGUAUAAACAUUUUCUGACUCUUAAAUGGUUUCCAUAAUUAUUCAAGCAUUGUGAUURGAUAGUGUCUCUAUUCUUGUUUGUGAUUGGUUUAGAGUGGAACCCAUUUGAGUGUUGAUAUCUCACUCCUAUCAAAACCUGUUCAUUAAUUCAUCAAUUAAAUUGGUACUAGUAAAAAACGAAAUAACACUCAAGAGAAUGACAAAUUAAAUGAAAUAGGAAAACGUUACUUGAAAAGUAAGAGUUCAAAUAAAAAAAAGCAAUUGACUUUUUACGGAAAUAAACGUGAUGGUGAAAAUUAGCAAAGAAUCAAUUGUAAUUUUAAAUGCAAAAUAAAUCGUACAAUACAAGUCUAGCAAAAUCAAA